AUGGCAGCACCGAAGAAGCGCAAAAUAGCUACUAACUUGAAACUUCAGCUGAAAGACAAAGCUUGUGCUUUUGAUUUUUACUCGAUAGCAUGUGAUGAGAGUACAGAUGCCACAGACAUCGCGCAGCUGUUAAUUUUUUUGCGGGGAGUGGAUGAUAAUUUUUGCUGUACGGAGGAGCUGCUUGAUAUGAUGAGCCUAAAAGGCACAACGACGGGUAAAGACAUUUUUGAAGCUGUGAAGGAGGCCGUUGAAAAGAUGGGGCUUAAAUGGGAAAAGCUCUGUGGAGUAACAACGGAUGGAGCAACGGCCAUGACCGGCGAGCGCAAAGGAAUGGCAUCGAUGGUGUGCGCCAAGGUAAAAGAGAGCGGCGGUGAGGCUGUUAGGGUGCACUGUAUAAUCCACCAAGAAGCACUGUGUGCCAAGAUUGUCAAGCUGGGCGAUGUGAUGAACACUGUUGUGAAAACUGUCAACAUAAUACGCGCUAGAGGACUGUACCACAGAGAAUUUCAAGCUUUCCUAUCUGACGUGGAUGCGGAAUACGGGGAUGUACUCUACCACUCUGAUGUGCGCUGGCUCAGCCGCGGCUCUGUGCUGCAACGGUUUUACUCGCUGAGAUCAGAAAUCGACCAGUUUUUGAAAGAAAAGGGCCGACCUCUUCAUGAACUGAGUGACCCUCUGUGGCUGUCAGACCUGGCUUUUUUAGUUGAUCUUACUCAUCAUCUGAAUACACUGAACAAGAACCUACAAGGCAAAGAACACCUGUAUGCGCACAUGAAAGCCUUCUAUGUAAAGCUCCGUCUGUUUGAGACACAACUACGAAGCUUUAAUGCUGCACACUUCCCUGCGCUGUCUGAAAUCAAGUCUGCUAUUCCAAAGGCCGACCUUUCUGCUAAAAAGGAGAAAUAUGUAUCUCUCCUGACAGAAUUCAACCAGCGAUUCCAAGAUUUUUCUGUCAUUGAAAAAGAAAUCAAGCUGUUCUCGACCCCCUUUCUGGUGGAUGCAGAAGAAGUGGAAGAGAGUCUGCAGUUAGAACUGAUUGAAAUGCAAUGUGAUGAUUCUCUGAAGAGUCAACAUCAGCUUCUCUCCCUCCCUGACUUCGAUCAGAGUUUGGAUAAUGCCAAGUUUCCUCUGAUGAGACGCCACGCAAAAUGA